AUGACGGAUAUCCCCAGUGUCGGGGAUAUCCUGAUGCUAUCGCAAGUAGCUUGGAAAAUCGGAAGAGCAUUUACAGCAGGUCGCAAGGGUGCACCACUCGUAUUUCUAGAGGCGGAAACGGAUGUCAAUACCCUCGCGAAGGCUUUGAAGGCACUAGCUGGAACCCUGUCCACUGAAGCGGAAGAUACCUCACUGAAGAGGGUAAACCCACAGACUCAAAAAGGGCUCAGUGUAAUCCUCUUAUCAUGUCAUCGAACAGUGCACGACUUGGAUACUCUCAUCGAUCGUUAUCAGAUCACCAAAAGAAAUCGUAAGGACGGCGGAUUUGCUAUCGAAAGGACGUGGACGGACACGGUAUUAACUUCGUAUAAGUCGAUUUCAUGGACCUCUGAGGGUGGAGACAUUCAAGAUCUUCGACAUUUGUUACAACUCCACGCUAGCGUCGUCUUGCUCACAAGGCAAGCAAUACAGAGUCUAUCACGUCUUGAGGAAGUGGUCCCGCCAAUGGCUGAAAAGAUUCAAAGCGACCUUUCUACGACACAAUCAUUGAAUGAACUGCUAGAAGACCUACACCUCACUGUCACUGAAUCAGAUAGCCUAGGCUCAAUGGACCUUGAUAGCAAAGAACCAAAUCGCAGGAAAUUGGACCCAAUCAGCUUCGCCAAACUGAAUAGGAAUUCGGAUGACUUGUUUCCUCAGCAUGUUCUCAUUAAUGAUUACAUCGAUCUGGAUCUAGGACCGCGAGGACCACCACCGACUAUACCAUUACCCAAAAUACCGAUAGUGACUAUGACAGAUGCGUCUCCCACUACACCAACCACGAGACCAACGUCUCCCAAUCGAAAAAGAGUGUCAGACUUCAGUUUCAGCGGUUCCACCGUGAGGUAUUCUGGGAGCUCCAUCUCCUCAGAUGGGGCGGCGAGUCCUGGCUGGCCCAGCCCUACCGGCACGCAUAAAGGCACACGCGUUAGUCGUUCAGCAUCUAUGAAGAAGAGGUCGAAGCUCCCAUCGACACCUGAGAUGGGUGAACCACUUUCUAGGCCGGAUUCAACCACAUUAUCAGCACUUCCCCCGCCUGCUUUGGAUAUGGACGACCUCCGAAUUGAGAGGGCGACAUCGGUGUCUAGCCAUGGUACACAAUCCGAACUCAAGGGGAGGCAUCGAAGUUCAACGACUGCAACGCAAGAAGCCCUGUUCGAGAAGGAAGCUUUUCGAAACUCAGCGAUCCUUUGUGACAUUCGUUGCUCCCUUGUUGAAUAUGCACAACAGCUGUCCCAAGACGAUCCAUCAGACGUACAAAUGGUAACAGUUGGAGAAUCCUGUCGAGUUCUCGUCGUGCGUAAACGCGAGCCCAUCUCCCCAUAUUCUACAGAAGUCCAAACCACAACCUCGAUAUGGACGUUCACCGACGACAACACGAUCCGAAUGCAACUACGCAUGUCAGACGACGACGUCUACGUCCCCUACUCAUCCUACUUCAACCCAGGCAAAAUCAGCAUCACCGUACCCUGCGAACUCAAAUACCACGACGUCAAAUUCGGCGACCGCCUCCAACGAACCGCAUCCACCAGCUGGAUCAACUACGUCUUCGACAACCCAAAAGGCGCAGCGUCAUUCCAGAACGAACUUAUGGGCCGCACCCUACUUGCCAGCUGGCCGACCUCGAAAACCAUGCGCAUCCACGAAGGGUUCUCGGGUACCUUCUCGUACGCAGAGCAGAUGUGCGGGAUGGAGAAUCUGCGGAUAUGGGAGGACGACGAGACGCGUGCGAUCAUUGCGCUGAUACACUUCUCAGCGCACUUUCGAAAUGGAUAUCUCGCUUUCUACCUGAAUGCGAGGGAGAACAUGAUUAAGGUGAAAGACGAUGGCGGCACACAGGUCAAGAUAAAGGGCCUCAGGGUGCCGUUGGAAGGGAAGAAUAAGAGUAGGAAGGACUCGGCGAUCGCUUUCAGUGGAAAAGAUGGAGUCAGCGAUAAGAAGAAAUUCAUCACCGGGUGUAAGGUGGAGUUUGAGAGCGAGGAGGAGAAGAUGGAGUUCAUCGGCUUCGUGAAGAAGUGCCAGGAGAAUCCUAGGGACUUGCCGGAUCUUUUAGGCGUUAAUUGA